CCCGCGGCCGCCCGGCCCGGCGCCCCGUGCGGCUGGAGAAGCCGGACGCUGCCGGUGCUCACGUGUCCUCGCCCCGCGGGCGGGCGGGCGGGACCGCCCGGGCGGGAAAACGCUCCCCGCGGAUUGGAGGGAGGCCGCAGCUUGGUCGCUGCUCCCGGAGCUAUCCUGUGCCCUUGCUGGAGUUGGCGGCACCGGGCAGAGCCUCCCUCCCGCCCCGCUCGCCGGGUUUCGUUUCCUAGGGUUGGCGCGCUUCCUGGAAGAGGAACUCGCCUGAAGCCAGAGGCGGGAACCCCGCUGCUCGCGGGGCCGCGCUCGCCGUGUUGCGGGCGCGGAGAGGGAGCAGCGGCCAUGGACACGGCGGGCGGCAGAGGGGCGCGGCCCCGGCGGGGGACGCGUUCCGCAGCUCCGCGGAGCCGGGGCAAGGAGAAGGGCGCAGCCCGAAGUCCCUCGCGGGGUCGCGUCGCGGGUGAAGGCUCGAGCGCCAUCGGGACCCUCCGGGCACCGCGGACGGACGGAGCCCCUGCCCGGGGCGGCCGCUCGGCGCGGCGAGCCCCCGCUGCCCGGGAGCUGCCGGCGGGCACGGCUGCUGCCGCCGCCCGUCGUCCCCCGCCGGCGUCGGACGCCUUGCGGCUCCGGGAGGUGCUGUCGCGGCUCAGCCUGCCCCGCGAAGACGUGUCCGAGGCUUCGAAACUGGUGAACAAGGUGGUCUCGCACCUGGUCCAGGCCAUCCGCGGCAAGGACAGCUGCUUCAGCUCCAUCGAGCAGUACAGCGCCGGCAGCUACUACGAGCGUGUCAAGAUAUCUGAACCAAAUGAGUUUGAUAUCAUGCUUGUAAUGCCUGUUACAAGGAUUCAGCUGGAUGAGUCUGAUGACACUGGAGCCUAUUAUUAUGUGUCAUUCAAAAGAAGUCCAAAAGAAAAGGGUUGGCUGAAGUUUUUAGAGGAAGAUGGAACAUUAUCAGCCUUUAAAAUGCUUCAAGCAUUAAGAGACAUUAUUAAACAGGAAGUAAAGAACAUUAAAGAUGUGGAAGUCACUGUGGCAAGGAAAAAGGCUGGAAGCCCUGCAAUAACUCUUCAGAUCAAAAAUCCUCCAUCAGAAAUAUCAGUGGACAUCAUCUUGACUUUGGAGGCUCAGCAGAGCUGGCCCCACAGCACACAGGCUGGCCUCAAAAUUGAACAGUGGCUGGGAACAAAAAAGAGGAGGGAUUUCAGAUUUACAUCAAUUUAUUUAGUAGCCAAGCAAAACAAAAGAGAAAAAGUUCUAAGAGGGAACACCUGGCGACUCUCCUUCUCACAUAUUGAAAAGGACAUGAUAAAAAACCAUGGCAACUCAAAGACAUGCUGUGAAUCCAAUGGAUCAAAGUGCUGUAGGAAAGGUUGUCUUAAGCUGCUGAAAUUUCUUCUAGAGCAACUUAAAAUGAAAUAUCCAAAGGAAUUGGAAAAAUUCUGUUCCUAUCAUGUCAAAACUGCUUUUCUCCACUCCUGUGUUAUGUGGCCAAAUGACACAGACUGGUACUUGGGAAAUCUGGAUCAUUCUUUUCAGCAAUGUCUGGGAUUUUUUGUGGAUUGUCUGCAAAAGUCUCAGCUGACUCACUUUUUUAUUCCUCAAUACAACUUGCUCAGCCUAGAAGAUAAAGCAAGACAUCAUUUUCUUUCAAGAAAAAUAAGCCAAGAAUUGAAUAAUGGAUUCCCAGUAUUUCAUGAGAAUUAUUAAGAACAUUGUUCACAACAGAUAUCUAAUCAUGUUGACUUACAUAUUUGAAACAAAAAAUUCUGCACCAUAAAUGACUCUUCAGUAGUCUGUACUACAAAACCUGAAAAACCCAAACCAAAAUAAAAUCAAAACCACUAAGAGAAAAAUGUAUACUUCAGUCACACUGCUUGGCCAUAACCCUUAAAAGAAAUGUUUUAAGUAAUAUUUACCUUGCCUAUCCAAAUGUGGAUGUCACCUGCAAAAUAUCUUCAGGGUAUACUAAGAACGUAUAGAAGAAUUUGCAAUAGUUCAUUUCCCACAUGUAAUUUCUGUGUUUCCAAAUACAAAGGCAUGAAUGACUGCAUAAAGGGAAAGUGGACAAUUUUAUUUAAAAUUAAGAUCCAGUGCAGAAUAUCCAAAAUACACUCCUACUUUCAAAAGAAAAGAAACAACCAGUCAUUGGAGCUACUUCGACAUUAACCAGAACAACUUCUCCAGAGUACCUGGGUGGAUAUGAAGAUCUUUUGCAGAAGACAAUCACCAGCAACAAUUACCACAGAGAGAAUAUUUUAUCUGAGUAAUAUGAAGUUCUUGAAGUAACUUAUCCUUUGAGUCUUCAGAAUUACUUUAGAAAUCAAUCUUUUAAUUGGGCUUUGGAUGGGAAACAAUUGUUACCUAAUAUGCUGCAACAGAGUAGAUGGUUUUCUGCCAAUGAGCAUUUAUUUGUAUGAUGAAUAAUGGAGUGAAUAAU